UCUCUGGGGCACGAUGGGACGAGCUGUUGUGAAGAUGCACCAAGUGGGCAUGGCCGUCAGCGGCUUGCUGUGCACGAUCGCGGCCGUGUGGGCCUUUGUGAACGAUACGUAUGGCGGCUUUUUCCAACACACGGUGGCCCGGAUCUCGUUGCGCGUGUUCCAGAUUGCGCUGUCGUUGGUGUUGCUGACGACGACGGGAUUGGGGUAUAAGCAGCCGCUCAAGUGGUUUGGUUUGCUUGACAGCUACGUCGGCAGCGGGUUGUUUGCGAUCUUUCUCGGGUUUUUCACGCUGAGCCUGAGCAACGACUAUGGUCUGUACUCGACGAUCUUUAUCAUGGUGGUGGGAAUUCUCAGCAUCAUCUACGGCAUGUUCAUCCGAGACGAGCGCCACGACUACCCGCCUCUCUUGGCUUAAGCUGUAGCAUUGUGUUGAUAUAUAGCGUAACGAGACAAAUAUUCAUAGCCUUGAUUACAUUUAAAA